CUUUUUCUUCGUUAUCGGCGCCAGCAGUGGAUGCUUUGUCCGAACAUUUUAGUCAACCAGCCGAAAGGGGACGUCAGUGAAACGUUGUCGGAGACGAGUGCGAUUACGGAGCCCAUUACAAGCUGGUUAUUAUAAUUUCAUCGGAGGUGAGACCCUUUUCUUGAUGAUCGAGAUAAUAAUGACAAUUUAGGCCAUUCAACCAGCAAUUAUUGCUAUUUAACCAUGUCCUGGUAUGCCUAUCAACUGAAAUCCUCCUCCAUGCCUUGCUCCUUUAUCCGUCGCUCGUCGUCCCGCUCGUCGAGCAUCGACGACGACUCUAUUGGGCCAGAUGAUACCCCUUCACCGCCUUCCAUCGCUGCCAUCUACAACCACGCCGACGCGUACGAGAAAGUCCUCGCCAGUCACCAGUACACCAUCGACACGACAAACUCAGAUCCAGAUGUUCCAGUCGAGGAAGUCUCGGGCUACACCCACCUCGUAGCCAACGACCUCACUCCUGACGAACAGGCCGACGUCGACAAGGCAAGAAAGCUGUCCGUGUCUGGCACGACCUGGACACCAGGUGGCGAACUCACGGAAGAACCAGAGACGUAUUCCGACGAUUCCGCGUCGGAGAAAACAGCCAUCAACGUUGAGCGUUCGCCUAUCCCCGCCUUUCAUCGGACCGCCACCACUGAUAGCGACGCGUGGAAACUGGAGCCCACGGAGAUUGUUCGUCUCUUGAUCGACGAAUUUGGGCCUCUCGCUGCAGAGGGCGAAAAGCCAGAGAAACUAAUCUUCGAGGCAGAUGGGUGCAUGUUCAAUGGUGUCGUCAUCGUCGGUGUGCUCCACGUGACGACAUACCGACUUGCAUUUCAUGCCUCUCUUUUACCCUCCGACGACGUUGCCCAUAGUGGCCAGAAAGUCAUCAAGGCCGGCUCUGUUACGAUACAUCGCAAAGGAUGGCGCGCCAAACGACGACUCUGGAUCGAACUUUCUGCCGAUAUGAUGACCACCUGCGCCUCCAGCAGCGAGGAGGACCGAAUUCGCCCUCUGCGCACCGUGCUCUUGUCAAACAUCAAGGAUGUCCUGCCCCAUGAUCCAGAUGAUCCUUGUUCAGUUCACAUCAUUUUUGAUCAUUUGAGCGAUGAUUCCUACGACUACGCAGAGUUUGACACCCCAGAGGCUGCACAAGAAUGGAGGCGGGAGCUAUUAGGUACGUGCAUUCCUCGUGCUGCCAUUUUCCUCUUCCGCCAUCGACGGCGCGAAAUCAUGGAUUCUACAACCACCGACUCGGGCAUCAGGCUCAGCUGUCCUCUUGAUCGCAUCACAAAGUUCGUCUCUCGUCAGAUGGGUGCCCCUGGUUUCCAUUUUUCUACUAUUCAUGUUCAGUGCAAUGAGGCUUGUGGCCUAGCUGUCGACGACCACGCGUUCCAUCUCUGCCCUAUCAUGCACAUUCCCGCCUGGAAGCAGAUGGAUGACUUUAUAGCUACAGCUAAGGCCCGGCACCCAGACCUUAAAGUAUCUGACGCCGCCAUUGUUGCUGAUUUUGGCCCACUGUCUAUGAUGGAAGCCGAGGCACCGCAUGUAUCUGCAGACCACAAAGAGCGGACCAUACGGACUGCAUUGGGUCUGGAUGACGAAACAGAUUUAUGGAUCGUUCGUGCGCGUAUAUUCAGAAGCAUCUCGUCUUCUGGCUACUUCACAAUUUCCCCCAACUACGUCUCCUUCUGGAGCAAGCAGUUCGCAAGCGGCGAUAUCCGCUAUCGUCUACCCAUCGCAAAGAUAAAAAAUGCCAAGACCUUCCGCACGUUCCCCAUCCGACUCUUUGGCUUGACGCUCGAGCUCAACGGCCAGCCUGAUCUCAAGUUCCAGUUCAAAACCACCGAACUUCGUGAUGAAGCGAUGAGGCGUAUUAAUGCCCUCGUUGCUACUCGGGCUGAGCACCGGCGUAGUAGCCCUCCGUCCCCUGGAAAACCCAGUAUGAUUGAUAUCUUCUCUCCGCCUGCGCGUACGGUAGCUGUGGCCAAGGCGGCUGAGAUUCCCUUCGAACUACGAGUACAGAUGCCCAAGGUUAUCAAUUUGGACAGGGAGAUUGUAAACGCCCGACCAAGUCUGCACUUUGUGUGUCUUACGAUAGGAAGUCGUGGCGAUGUCCAGCCGUACAUUGCCCUUGGGCUGGGGCUGAUGAAGGAGGGCCACCGCGUUACGAUUGUCACGCACGAGGAGUAUAAGGAGUGGAUUGAAGGCUUUGGGAUCCAGCACCGGCAGGCAGGAGGUGACCCUGGCGCGUUGAUGAAGUUGAGCGUUGAAAACAAAAUGUUUUCUCCUGAAUUCUUCAAAGAGAGUUUAGCGCAUUUCCGCCCUUGGCUCGAUCAACUGCUUCUCGAUUCAUGGGAAUCAUGUCAAGGUGCUGAUGUACUGCUCGAGAGCCCUUCCGCCAUGGCUGGAGUUCAUAUCGCCGAGGCACUCAACAUCCCGUACUUCCGAACAUUCACGAUGCCGUGGACAAAAACUGCCGAAUUUCCUCAUGCAUUCCUAUCGCCCCCCGUGGAAUAUUCCACCUUCAACAGUGCCUCGUACGUCCUGUUUAUCCCUGUGCCUAGCAAUGUUAUGUGGACUGCUACUUCAAGGCAAAUUAACAAAUGGCGACGGCAUACGCUGAAGCUCGGUAACACUGAUAUGGGCCACCUUGCCCAAUCCAAGAUACCGUUCAUCUACAACUUCUCAACUGCUGUUGUGCCCAAACCCCUUGAUUGGAGCGACACGAUAUGCGUAUCUGGCUAUUGGUUCCUUGACAACCCAGAUCUCAACUGGGAACCUCCUGCAGAUCUUCUGACAUGGAUGGACAAGGCCAGGGCUGAUGAGAAGCCCAUCGUCUACAUCGGCUUUGGCAGCAUAACUGUUCCGCAUCCCAAUCGCGUCACCGCGCGCAUUAUCAAAGCUGUCCUAAAGAGUGACGUCCGGGCCAUUAUAUCAAAAGGAUGGUCAGCGCGAAUGAGCCAUGCAGGGGAUGACUCUCCCGAGCCGGAAAUUCCACCCGAGUGCUACCAGCUUGACAAGAUACCCCAUGACUGGCUAUUCUCGAAGAUUGACGCCGCUCUGCACCACGGUGGAGCGGGGACAACUGGGGCUAGUCUCCGAGCCGGUAUACCCACAUUGAUCAAACCAUGGUUUGGAGACCAGUUCUUUUGGGCGUCCCGCGUGCAGAAGCUCGGUGCUGGAUUGAGAGUGCCUAGCCUGAGGGUGAAUGAUCUCGCCGAGGCCCUUACGAAGGCUACCACGAGCCGGAUCAUGAAGGAGAAGGCGGCGGGUGUCGGGGAGAAAAUUCGCUCGGAGGACGGUGUGCGGACUGCUAUUCAUACGCUAUACACAUAUCUACCUCGUGCGAGUCGGGAACAGAAGACACUC